AUGCGCGAGGACAAGUUCAACAUUCUAACCAUAAUAGAGGUCGAGUUCGAUUACGUGAUUCGCGAUCCUCGCUACAGCCAGUGGUUCAUCAACAACCUCCGCUGCUUCCAAGCCACGUUUCGCGCUCUUGUGUCCACGCUCCGCGUCUACAUGAGCGACUACAAGUUCCGCAAGUCCGCGCAUUCCUUCGCCAAGAAGGUCGCCUCGUGGUGUAUCUACAUCGUGCGAGCAUUUUCCGACGGCACGCUCAUCGACAUCGAGCGCCCUAAGGUCUACGACGGCUUCUUCAACCGCCAUGGUGACCCACGUCUGGCGUCGUGACCGCUGGAGGUGGUGUAGGCAGC